AUGACCGCAUUCCUUGCCUUGCACAAGAUCACAAGAGAGGCACAGCUAGAACUCUACCACGACGACAUGAUCCACCUUGCCUUAGACCUCGGGUACGACAAGGAGGAGCACCCCGACGAAAAGCACUGGGUUCAAGGGGUCCUGAAGCGGAUGCAGAGCUCGAUGAAGUAUCGGCUAGAGAAGAUGAGAGAGGCCAAACACCUACGCAAACGAUUCAACGCAGACCACAAGCUCGAGGUGUGGGAAUGGUCACCCGAGCGUGUGAAGGCGUGCCUCGCUAACGCUCGUUUGGUGCUCAAGGGUCGGCAAGAAGACGCGGGCCAGGGAGAAGACGCGGGCCAGGAAGAGGACGCGGGUCAGGAAGAGGAUGGUGCUCAGGACGCCAUGGACCUCGACAGUAACCAAGGCGACGGCGCGGUGCAAGGGGGUGACGGUGACAGAGGCGACGCAGAUGCAGCUGAGAGCGAGCACGGUGUGAAAGUAGUCGCGAAGGUAGCCGUGAUCCAGACAUGGCCUGCAUUCCGAAAGCGUUCGCGUCGGUCCCCGAGUCGGGAUGCGCAGGUCGCCGCAGAAGCAAGGAGCGUGCCGAGCGCGCCCAGUGCGCCAAGCAUCAUCACCAUAUCGAGUGGCUCUGACACCUCCAAUGAGUCCAGCAAUCACGGCUUCCGUGGCCGUAGCGCCAACAAGAACGGUCAAGAUGCGGCGGCUCGAGAAGAUGCGGCUGCUCGACAGCAUGCCGCAGUAGGUGGCGGUGAUGGCCGGGGCGUCGGCGAUGGUGACAGCGACAGUGGCGACAGCAGCGACGGCGACAGCGAUGGCGACAGCGAUAGCAAUAACAGCAACGGCGACAGCGAUGGCGACAGCGAUAGCGAUGGCAGCAACAGUAGUGAUGUUGGUGGCGAUGCCAGGGCGCGCGUGGACGCAGCAACGCGCAUCCUUCAACUACGCCACCAGCUCAUCGACGCAGCGAUGGAAGGCCGCCUGCGCCGGCUAGGCCUCGGAGGCGACGAUGCCGGACGUGACGGAAUCAAUCCUAUGGCGGCGUACGAGCGGCAGGAACAGCGUUGGGAGGCAUUGGAGGAGGCCAUGAGAGAGCUUCCGCGGGACGACAUCUGGAGGGUGGGGGGAUCGUGGGAGUUGUUCGUCCGCGGCGCGGAGACCGAGAUUUUCUGA